AGCAUGCACACGUCGGCACGCUUUGGCUCUUCGACCAAGCCGUGCAGCAUGUUUGGUGUUUGCCAUGCGAAUGGAUUCCACAGCACGUGCUCGCCGCUCUCUUAUGGCCGCUCUCUUGCUCUUUGGACCAUGCUCUCACGUGUAUGCUGGCUCUCCUGCCCUCUUGCUCUCUCUCUCUCUCUCUCUCUCUCGCACGGCUGACCAAACAAGACGUACGCCAGUCUACGCUGAACCCUCGUUCUGGGCGAGCGGUCUCGGGUUCGGAUUCGCGUUUGUUUAUGUCAUAAGAGCGAAAUAAUUCGCUCACACUUUAUACACACAUACACACACACCCAUACACACACACAGCCAUACACACCCAUACAUAUACAUAUACUUGUACACUGCCGGCAGUCAAGAUGAGCAAAUAUUUGGACUUGGGCCUUGGCAUUACAAUAAUCAAUGUCUACUAUUCGCUAUCAUAUUUUCUAAUGUGGUGCGUGGCACUGCAAAAAGCCAGCGAAAAUGACAAUGAGCCGAUUGUUUGGCAAGCCGUUUACAUGGGCAACGUGUUUCUCAAUGUAUUUCUCUUCUUGGGACUGCGCAAGAGAGAUCGCUGGUCGGUCAUCAUAUGGUACUCUCUGACGUUGGCGUGGUUUGUGCCCAAGCUAUAUGGACAUAAACGGGGUUGUCAUUUGGACGCGCGCGGUUCAACGUACCGUACUAUCAAUCUGAUAAUGGAAACCUAUGUGAUUCUAUCUUUUGCUGUUAUGGGUUUGGUUUAUGUGCAUUUGCCUAAAGAGUUGCCUUUAACAAAAACUAAACGUCGCCGAUAUAGAUCAAACGAAAAUGUUCAGGAUGUACAAAUGCUGGAAUUGAGCUCAAAUGGGGGUGCCAAAGAGCCCGCUUUGGCACCCUUAGCAACUGCCGAAGUGGAUGAGGACCUCGAUGAAUGCCUGCCAAGCAGUAGCAACAGCAACAGCAACAGCAACAGCAACAAGAACAACAUGCUGAGCACAAUGACAACGCCAGCCACAUUGCUUGAGUUUGGGGCAAUUGGUGAUGUCCCAAGCAUUUUGGAAAUAGAACUGCCAGCGAUAUUGUUCAACGAGAGCCUCUUCAUUGAACUGAAUGGCAGCCUAACCCAGCUGGAUGCUGGCAGCGGCGGCGGCAGUGGCGCCACCAACAACAUCAACAUCAACAUCAACGGCAACAACAGCAGCAGCAACAGCAGCAGCGCAGCCAGCAAUUACAACAGCGGCGGCAGCUACAAUGACAGCAUUCUGCUCAUCAACGGCAUCAGCAGCGGCUACAACAGCAGCAACGGCAGCACCACCACCAAUGCAGGCAGCAAUCUCACACAGCUGGAGGAGGAGCAACGUGUUGCCAAUGAGCGUGCCGCUGCCGAAUUUUGGCUAUUGGUCAAAAUGAUAGCCAUGACCGUUGUGCUUGGCCUAAUGAUACUCGUCACCAUUAUUGGCAACGUAUUUGUGAUUGCAGCCAUUAUACUCGAACGAAACUUGCAAAAUGUUGCUAAUUAUUUGGUCGCAUCUCUGGCAGUUGCUGAUUUAUUUGUUGCCUGUCUCGUCAUGCCGCUUGGCGCCGUCUACGAGAUAAGCAACGGCUGGAUCCUUGGACCGGAACUCUGCGACAUUUGGACAUCCUGCGAUGUGCUCUGCUGCACAGCAUCCAUAUUGCAUCUGGUCGCCAUCGCGGCAGACAGAUACUGGACCGUCACGAACAUUGAUUACAACAAUUUGCGUACUCCGCGACGCGUCUUCAUCAUGAUAUUCUGUGUGUGGUUCGCUGCGCUGAUUGUCUCGCUGGCACCGCAAUUUGGCUGGAAGGAUCCCGAGUACAUGAAGCGCAUAGAGGAGCAGAAUUGCAUGGUCUCGCAGGAUGUGGCCUAUCAGAUAUUUGCCACAUGUUGCACGUUCUAUGUGCCGCUAUUGGUGAUUUUAUUUCUGUAUUGGAAAAUCUAUUUAAUCGCAAGGAAACGCAUACAGCGUCGCACACAAAAAUCCUUCAAUGUGACAUUAACGGAGACCGAGUGCGAUUCUAUGGCACGUGACACGGCCAAGGAGCAGGCUGGCAAACGUCGUUGGCGUCGCGAACAACUGGAGGAUGCGGAAAAUGAAGCUGGCCAACUGCAGAGACGUUCACGUAAACGAAUUAAGAUAUGCUUUGGCCGUAACACAAACACGGCCAACAUCAAUGCGGGCACCGAGGGCGCCGUCGCACGUUCUGUGGCCGCCAUUGCCGUUGACUUUGCCAGCCUGGCCAUUACGCGGGAGGAGACUGAAUUCAGCACCAGUAACUAUGAUAACAAAAGCCACGCGGGCACCGAACUGACGACCAUCUCGAGCGAUGCCGAUGACCAGGUGGCCAGCGCCGCACAGCAGCAUCUAAUAGCAUCCCAUUUGAAUGCCAUUACGCCGCUAGCACAAUCCAUCGCCAUGGGCGGCCAGCCAACGGCAGCAGAGGGCUCUGGCACUGGUGCCGCAAGUCCCAUUGGCACAACUGUUGGCCGGGGUGUGCUGGCCAGCAUUGCCAAUCCACACCAGAAGCUGGCCAAACGGCGCCAGCUGCUGGAGGCGAAACGUGAACGUAAAGCAGCGCAAACAUUGGCCAUCAUCACCGGCGCCUUUGUCAUCUGUUGGCUGCCCUUCUUUGUGAUGGCCCUCACAAUGAGCCUGUGCAAGGAUUGUGAAAUUCAUCCAGCAGCUGCAUCGCUAUUCCUUUGGCUGGGCUACUUCAAUUCGACGCUCAAUCCGGUCAUCUAUACCAUUUUCAAUCCAGAGUUCCGGCGCGCCUUCAAGCGCAUUCUAUUUGGACGAAAGCAUGCGGCACGAGCGCGCAGUGCGAAAAUUUGAUUUCAACUGAAAACCAACGAGGACCAGUAUCUGUAAGCCACAACCUAAACCAAAGAGGUGAAAGCAAAAGUUACUAAGAAACUAACAAAAACAAAAAAAAAAAACAA